GAGGGCAGAUAGUGCUAGCGCGUCGCUCCGGACCGGCGCACGCGCAUAAUAUAAUAUCUGAUAUCGGCUUCGGUAUAAAAGACCGCGGAUCCUUCAUGCGGCCAAUUGACUUCCCGACCGGUGGAGACGGAACCAUUAAAAAUAUAUAGAACCUCCUUUUUGGAAGUCACUUCGAAGGAAAAAAUGGCCGACGUAGAAGUGAAUAACGAUGACACCAAUGAGGUGGUUCUGGCGAAGGGAGUGGCGAUGGCGGUGCUGUUCUCUGCCUCCAUGAUUUGUGGAAUAGUUCCCUUGUUUUUGGCCAAAAAAUUCAAAUGGAUCAAGCCCGAUGAGGCCGGCGAUCUGAAGUCGAAGAAUAAGGUUGUGAUGACCCUGCUGUCCUUCGGAGGAGGUGUCCUGCUGUCGACCACCUUCCUGCAUCUGGUGCCAGAGGUCGACCACAACAUUGAGGAUCUAGUCUGCCAAGGACUGAUGCACGAACUUGACUUCUCGCUGUCAGCGCUGCUGAUGUGCACCGGCUUCUUCAUCAUGUAUCUGGUGGAGGAGCUGGUCCAUUUGUACAUCCACCGUCGGGAGAAGAGGAACGCUAAAGCGCAACCGCUAGUGAGGAACCUCAGCCUGCGCAAGAGUCGACGCAGCAGCGACGAGCAGGGAGACAAGAGCGUCACCAACUCCACUGCUGAUCUCAUUGAUGAGGACUCGAUGAAAAAGAAGGACACGGAGCACCACCACCACCACCCUCAUGGCCACAGCCACAUGCCGGUCGCCGCCGCCGAUGACGUCACGUCCGCCCUCCGCGGCCUCCUCAUAGUACUCGCCCUCUCCAUACACGAGCUCUUCGAGGGCCUCGCCGUCGGUUUGGAGUCCAGUUCCUCGAAUGUCUGGUACAUGUUAGGUGCCGUCUCCGCGCACAAAUUGGUAAUAGCCUUCUGUAUCGGCGUAGAGUUGAUAGCUACGCGGACAAAGACAUGGCUUUCCGUGUUGUACAUCACCACAUUCGCCAUCGUCUCCCCCAUGGGAAUCGGUAUCGGUCUCCUGCUGGUGGGUGGUGAGGGAGCGACUGCUGCUGGAGUAUACUCCGUGGUGCUCCAGGGGCUGGCCUCGGGAACUCUACUCUACGUGAUCUUCUUCGAGAUCUGGAAGAAUGACAGGACCGGCAUCCUUCAGUACAUCUCCGCGUUAGUCGGCUUUGGCCUGAUGUUUGGACUGCAGUUGUUGACUGGUCACGCGCACACCCACUCCCACGGCGAGUGCGUCCACAACCACGAACACAGCCAUGACGAGUGAAAAGCCAGAAGUCUGGUGCUGGCAGCCUGUCACAGUCACUGAACAGUCAGAAACGUGGUUUACUGUCAGCCGGUCACAUCCACGGGGCAGCUACAAACGUCGUCAUGCUGUCAGCCUGUGCCAGCUACAACAAGAAGGAAAUUGGUCCUGUGGCAGAGUGCAGACUGACAGUCCGAGGACCAUUAGCCAUAGAACGUAGUAAUAUACCUAAGGCACAGAAUAUAUACCUAAAGCUCAAUUUAUACAGCCGCGAUAUGGAACGUAAUGGAAGCGUCAAUUUCACCUCAUGACGCGGUAUUAUUAGCACCGGAGGAUUGUCGAGAAUUUCGGCUUGUAUUUUUUUACUGUUUUACUGUUAAUUUAAAGUACAUUGAGCUUUGUGCUACAGUUUUGCUGCAAAAAGUCGCUUUCGUUCCGUGGCGGUGUGAAAUGUAAAUUGAGCCUAAUUGUACAUACUCUAUGACGUAACAGAGUUGAAAUAUCACAAUAAUGUGCGCUUUUAUAAUACUGGGCGUCACGUUAUCGUGGAAGCCGACUUCCACGAUAACGUGACGCCGCACAAUCAAUAAUGUCAUUCUAUAGAGCGAUCUCGAGACGCUAUUUUAUAAUAAUUGCUCAGCUGCACUCUCAUCUGACUUUUUGUAUAUAAUAUUUUGUAUCAGCGCAUCUUCGACCGCACGCGAAAAUAGAAUUUACUUAUAACGAGAACAUUGUAAUUUGUACUUACUUCAGGAUAAAAAAAUAUUAGUGGCCAACACCCAGUUUCAGUGAGAUUUGUAAAUUAUGUAUAAUAUAUUUAAUAUAAUGUAGGUAUAGGUAACGUAGGUACAUCUAUAUACAGGGUGUAACAAAAAUAAGUGAUAAUACUUUAGGGUGUGUGU